UUUACAUGAGAGGGACAAACAAACGCGCAAAAGUCAAAAGUGCCUUUCGUGCAGCCGUUGCUGCGGUUAUCUCACGUGCUACGUCAAGUGCAUAAACCUUGAAGCAACAAUGUACUCAAAUAUUUGCCGCCGGGGUAGGGGCGCCGGUUCUGGGCGCAACCAGAGCGGUGCAUGCCUUUUCAAUUUCGUGUUCCUCUGGCAAUGCUUUUUCAUCUAAAGUGCAUGCUAUACGUUCGCUCAGUGUAUCCAAGAGACGAAUAGUUUGACCAAAGAUGGAUGGGUUUACCAUAAAUAGAGGGCAGUUGCAGCAGGCUGUGCCAACCAAGAGUUUGUGAACUAUCUCGAGCAAGAUUAAUUAAUACUAUUAUUAUUAUUAUUAUGUUGGCUGAAGAAGCUGGCAGCGAUGACCAUACAGAGGAUGGAACUGUGGAUCUCAAAGGCAACCCUGUCCGUAGGUCCGAGAGAGGCCAAUGGAGGGCUUGCAAAUUUAUUGCUGUGUACGAGCUGUUUGAGAGGAUGGCGUACCAAGUCUUAUCAUCUAGCCUGAUGAUUUACCUGACGAAGAGGCUGCAUCGGGACACUGUCUCCGCCGCCAACGUCGUCACCAACUGGGUCGGCACCGUCUAUAUCACUCCGAUCAUCGGCGCCUACGUCGCCGACGCCCAUCUCGGCCGCUACUGGACCUUCCUCAUCGCAUCAGCAAUUUAUCUUUUCGGUAUGUCAAUCCUAACGUUGGCAGUUUCAGUCCCCGGAAUAAAACCACCUCAAUGUUCGGCCGCCGCCGUCCAAUCCGGCGACUGCAAGAAGGCCUCAACGCUUCAACUAGCAGUGUUUUACGGCGCACUCUACACGCUGGCCAUCGGCACCGGCGGGACGAAGGCCAACAUCUCGACCAUCGGUGCAGACCAGUUCGACGAGUUCGAGCCCAAGGAGAAGGAUCAGAAGCUUUCCUUCUUCAACAGGUGGAUGUCCAUCACAUACACCGGCACGCUCUUCGCCAACACAGUUCUUGUGUACAUACAGGAUAAUGGGGGGUGGACUUUGGGAUACGGGCUUCCCACCGCCGGCCUGGCCGUACCGAUUUUGAUCUUCCUGGCCGGCACGCCCUUCUACCGGCACCGGGUGCCCACCGGAAGUCCCUUCACGAGGAUGGCGAAGGUCAUUGUCGCUGCCGCGAGGAAGUGGAAAGUGCAGGUUCCCGGCGAUUCCAAAGAACUCAUCGAACUGAAAUUGGAAGAGUACGCCAAGAAAGGAAAGUUUAGGAUUGAUUACACGCCCACCUUGAGGUUCCUCAACAAAGCCAGUGUAAGAACAGGUCCUACAAGUCCAUGGAUGCUCUGCUCAGUCACUCAAGUGGAGGAGACAAAGCAGAUGCUGAGAAUGAUACCGAUCCUAGUCGCAACAUUCGUUCCAAGCACAAUGAUCGCGCAAAUAAGCACCCUUUUCGUCAAACAAGGUACCACACUCGAUGGAAAUGUUGGCGGCUUCAAAAUUCCCCCGGCCAAUCUAACCGGAUUUGUGACAAUCUCCACGAUUGUCUGUAUGGUGAUCUAUGACCGUUACUUCGUCAAGAUGACGAAAAAAUGGACAAAGAAUCCCAGAGGAAUCAGUAUGCUUCAGAGAAUGGGGAUUGGAUUUGUCCUCACCAUCAUCGUCAUGCUAAUUGCAUGUCUUACGGAAAGGUACAGGCUAAAGGUGGCCAAGGAUCAUGGUGUAGUUGCAAGUGGAGGACAAGUUCCUCUAACCAUAUUCAUCUUACUCCCUCAGUUUGUGCUCAUGGGAACGGCUAAUGCAUUUCUAGACCCAGUAAGGACUGAGUUUUUCUAUGAUCAAGCACCCGAGAGCAUGAAGAGUCUCGGAACUUCCUAUGCGAUGAUUACGGUAGGAGUUGGGAACUUCCUCAGCAGCUUCCUUCUUUCAACUGUUGCUCACAUCACAGAGAAGCACGGUCACAGAGGGUGGAUUCUUAAUAACCUCAAUGCUUCUCACCUCGACUACUACUACGCGUUUUUCUGCAUUCUUAACAUCUUGAAUUUCGUUUUCUUCUUGGUAGUGACCAAGUACUACGUCUACAAGGCUGAAGUUUCCCCUUCAAUGGAAGUUCUUAGACAAGAAUUGGGGGGACCACCGCAGACGGUACCUGUCCAACCACAGCCUGCUGGCUCUUAAAGUUGAUCCUUCGUGAUAUAAGGUGAAACAGAGGUUCCCUAGUCACAAUAACACUAAUAAUGCUCCUAAUCAAGUAAAUAUUGCUAUCCUAGGUCAGGAUUCUGAGAGUUCUAGUAGUCAGGUUGUUGGAGAUUUUGUGCAAACAUUGAAUUCUAUUCAGUAUCAACACUUGCUGAGUAUGUUAAAUUCUCAUUUUGGUGCAUCAAAGUUGAAGACAGAACCUGAUGCUCCACAUGAGCAAGCAUCAAGUAGUUGUUUUUCUAUAUCAGUGAAUCCAAUGCUUAAUAACCCUAGGUAUUAGAUAAUAGGCUUAGGAGCUAUUAGCCAUGUGUGGUUUAGCAAGACUUCUUUUUAUUGCUUAAGGCUUGUUAACAACACAUAAGUCACAUUACCUAACCAUUCUCGGAUAGCUGUGCAUAGGAAAUGUGUUAUUUGUGCCACAACUCAAAUUCAAUUUACUUUCAAUGAGUGCUUUAGUAGAAGGUAAUACUAUGGGCCUCAAUUUUUCUUUUCAUUCAUAUUUUGUUCAAGAUGUACAUCUUUCGAAGAUGAUUGACAGGGGUAAGCUUCAUGAAGGCCUUUAUGUACUUGAUGUUGAUUCUUUCCCAGCUAAGGUAACACUCCUGAUGUUGAUGGUUCUGUCUCAAGCUCUCCUUGUCCUAUUUUUCCUAGCAAAUCUGCCUAGGGUCUCGAGGCCUCCUUAUCCCCAAGAUUUCCAUUGCAAUCUAUUAUCAUAGAGUCCUUUACCCUCUACUAAAUCUUUGUAUCCCCUAGAUUGUUUUGUUUCUUACUCAAGUUUGUCUUCUCCUCAUAAAUAUCUACUUCUUAACAAUUCUUCUAAUCUUGAGCCUCAAUUUUAUCAUCAAGCAGUGCACUAUGCACACUGGACGGAUGCUAUAACAGCAAAGUUGGAAGCUAUGCAUAUGAAUCAUGCUAUAACAGCAAACUUUGUUUCUUACUCUCUUGCCUCAUGAUAAGCAUGCUAUGGGUGCAAAUGGGUAUAUAAAAUUAAAUAUAAAUCAGAUGGUUCUAUCAAAGAGGUAUAAGGCUCGUCUAGUAGCAAAGGGGUACACACAACAAGAGGAGUUGAAUUUUUUUGAUACAUUUUCUCUUGUUGCCAAGUUGGUCAAGAGUCAAAAGUUUUAUUGGCUUGAGCAGCUAUUCACAAAUGGCCUCUUAUCCAACUACAUGUUAAUAAUGCCUUCCUCAAUAGGAAUCUUUUUGAGAAAGUAUAUAUGGAUCUCCCUUUUAGCUAUACCCUUAAGAUUGUUGCUCCACCUAAGGGGAGCGUUUGGUGUACAGGCUUCAGAAGUCCAUAUAUGAGCUCAAGCAGGCUUAUAGACAAUGGUUUUCUAAAUACUCCUUUGGUCUUGUUGAGUAUGGUUUCCAUCAAUUCAAGUCUGAUUACUCUUUGUUUACAAAAGGUGUUAGUUCCCCCUUUGUAGCCUUACUUGUCUAACAGAUGGUACCUAUCCAACCACAGCCUCCAGACUCUUAAGUUGAUCCAAUAUGUUAUCGAAGAUGAAAAGUUUACAUAGUGACAAGAAGAUUUCUACUUGUUCAACCAAGAGGAGACUGAUUUCAAUUCUUCAAAACCCUUUUAGUUUAAUAUAAAUUUUAUGGUAGCUUUUGUAAGGUUCAUCUAUAAACUUAUAAACUUUUCAAGCCUUUUACUGUUAGUUAGUGUAUGCCCUACAAUUUAAGUGUUAAGUAAUACUUGAUACACUAAGAUCUGAUUUUGUUAGUGUAUGUCCUGCAGCUUAAGUGUUAAGGUAUACUCGAUACAUUAAGAGUUGAUAUUGUUAAUGUAUGACUUACAAUUUAAGUGUUAAGUUGUACAUGAUAAAUUAAGAUGUGACAUAUUUGUUGAGUAAUACAUUUAGUUGUUUCAUGUGCAUAUUAUCUAUUGGAAAGCUUUGUCUUUUAUAUUUAUUUAUUCAUUAAGCAGUUACUUAAAUACAACAUGCCUAAUGACAAAGUCCCUAUGUUUACUUUGUGUAGAAAUGAAUUGAGAUGUGACUUCAAUUGUAAGGUUUUUGAUACACCUAAGAGUACAACAUUAAAUCUAUCCCUGGUCAAAAGUGUCAUCAAGACAGGAGUUAAUGACAUAGAGAGAUCAGUGUGUGCUAUGCUAUUACCUUUGGGAAAGAUAGUAGUUUAUCUUACAAACUAUGGGUAUGGGAUACCUAAGUUAAUACAUGGGUGGUGUUGGUGAGUACAAGUUCACUGGACUAAUCCGACCAAAAGGAUUCCUUAUGGAUCUUACAAGAAAGUAAAGAAACCUCUAGUGGCAGAUAUGCCAUUUGGAGAAAUAUAGCUUAUAAGUCUAUAGUCAUAGCAUGAUAGUAAUCUUAUGAAAACUAUACUUUUUGAGAAUCAAAGAAACAUGUUAUGUAUAGAGUUCGUGAAUUCGAUGAUUGGGUCGAGGGUUGCCCCCUCUUCCCCUCACUCUCUCUUCCCUAGCUCUACUCGCUUUGAGUCAUCAAACCCUUCAUGACUUCUUUGGAUUGUGAUGGGGGAAAUCCACCAAAGUUAGCCAGAU